AUGUCAUCUCCUCCGUGGGGAGGCCCGCCGCGCAAGCCGUCAGGAAGACGUCGCGAGGGUACCGGAAAUUGGCUGAACCCAGAAUCAUCCGAUGAGACUGAGCCGUUGUUCAAGGUCACCUCGGCCCGUUUCAGGACCGUGAGCCCUCAUCUCCGGCGUCUUCCUCUCCAUGAAGCUCGCAUCGCUUUACCGGAAGCCGUCCGGCAACUUGCUGCUGUGAUCCAUCACAAGACGAUCGAAAAACUUCAGCAGUACGAACUCCUAGAUGACGACACUGAGAUCAAUGUGGGAAUGUACGGAACCCAUGGCGAAUCCGAUAUCCGUCCGACAGUUUUUAUCAUAACCGAAUGGAAGCCGACUAAGGAGCAGAUGAGAACCAAAUCCGUUCAGGAAAUUACCGAAUUCGCAACACUCGAGGUCCGACGUCUGGACCAGAAUGUUGGAGCCGUCCAAGUGGACAUGAUAGACCCUCGACUUGUGAGGAAUGUUUACUACGGGCCAAUCAAAAACCAGCCCCAACUUUUUAACCGUUGGGACCAGAUGAAAGCUCUUGUCCUUCAUCGUCUGGAAGUGUUCGAUUUCACCCGUGGGCAAAUGACAUCGAUCAUCCUGUUUCACUACGGUCUCAACGAAUCCUACACACAAAAUCCGAUUACCAUCUACAUUUCUGUUGAGUACACCUGCCCUGAGACAUGCUGGCCAACAACCAUCGAGGAUAUCCAACGAAAUCUUGCAAAGCAUGGUUUUCCAGUCCUAAACAUCCAUAUCGAACACAAUAUUGGUUUUCAAAUGGCGUUCGAAAACCUCGAACCAACUGGUGGCAGCCCACAAGAGAUCCAGGAUAAGAUAUACAAGAACAAUCUUUUCCUUGAUGGUGACUACCAGACUUUGGUGAAUCUUGGAGAUUCCAUUGGUGCGGCAAAAUACAUCUCCGUGUCUGGGGUAAAGAAGAGCCCACUCAUUGGUACAUUGGGCUGUUAUGUUGAAAUCAAGACAGCUCAAAACCAGACGUGGGAAACAUACGGGCUAACGAACUAUCAUGUCGUCCGUCCCACAAUCAGGGGUUUCCAGCUCAAGGUCGACGGACAAGGCAAAUCGAGCAUGGCGUAUCCCCAAAAGCCAAGUCAACUUUGGAAGGCUGACGAAGAGGGCUUGAAGCUUCGCACAAAUGUCCCAUCGGAGGCGAUGGAGAGUCCAAGCCGAAUUAAACACAACCACACGGCUUGGGUACUCAAUCAGCAAAUCAGACAAAUCAAUGCCCGAACCCACCAGAACGCAGCUUCUGAGCAAACGAGGCAACGAGCAGUGCAAGCUUUGAACAGUAAGACAGCGUUUUUCGAUGGAUAUUCCCAUAUCCUCGGCAAGGUCUAUUGCGGGUCAGGGUUCAAGCAUCGAAGUCGUGAGAAUAACAGAUUGGACUGGUCACUGAUCAAGGUCAACCAGAAACGGACCGGGACAAACCUACUGCCAGGACAGGACGCCUGGAAGAAUGAACUCCUCGACGAGCCAUUUGAUACGUUCGGGAUUCGAUUGAAGAAUGCCACACAGAGCAUCAGCGAGCAGACCACAGGUCAACGCUGCUUCAAGGCGUUCAAACUUGGCGCUACUACAGGUGCUGCUGUUGGCGUCUUCCACGAAAUCAAAAUGGAUGUGCAACUCAAAGACGACAAACAUUUGGGGGCUUGGGUAUCGAGUGAGUACGUCUUCCAGCCGCGCAGUGGGAGAUUCGCUGCUCCCGGCGAUUCGGGAAGUGCUGUGUAUGACGAUCAGGGCUGCAUUGUGGGAUUGCUGUUUACUGGACAGACGCCAAACAACGGACCAGAAUCGGGAAUCGGGUACGUGACCCCAAUUGAGUACGUGUUCGAAGAUAUCAUGAACACGUUUAAAGGGGAGAUCACGGACAUCCGUGUUGCAGAUCGGUAG